UAUAAACGAACAAGCAGUUUAUGAGCCACACUCAAAGCUAGAGUUCCGCGCAAAGGGAUCGGGAUGGCAAGGAGACUAUCGCACCACGUCGUCCUCCUCCUGGGGCUCUUGCUGACAGGGACCGCUACAGUCCGGGCAAACAGAGGGGGAGCAAUGCUUGAAGAGGAGAGGGAGAAGCAAAACGACGAGAGCCAUUGUGAAGUUAAAACCGUUACCGUUUCUACGCUUCCUGUACUCCGAGAGAAUGAGUUCAGUUUCACCGGCGUUGGCUCGGGGAGCGUGGCUGGAGGAGGAGGGGAGUCCCGGCUCCUUUUAUUCGUUAGAACAGACCUACCUGGAAGAAUUUCCGUUAUGGAUGAUCUCGACAACACCGCUCUCCCAUACUUCACACUGGAGAUGUCAGGUACUGGGGCAGACAUAUCUCAGGUGCAUUGGAAGCAGCAGUGGUUGGAGAAUGGGACUCUGUAUUUCCACGUGUCCAUGAGCACCUCUGAGCAGCUGAUCCAGACCACCGUGCCUACGGCCCGGGAACCUGCUCACGUCCUGCACGAACACAUGCACCUGCUUCACAUCUCUGUUAUGGGAGGCCUGAUCGCUCUCCUCCUCCUCAUCCUUCUCUUCACCCUGGUGCUGUACACCCGUCACCGCUGGUGCAAGCGCCGACGUGUCCCCCAGAAAAGCGCCAGCACCGAGGCCACCCAUGAGAUCCACUACAUCCCCUCUGUGCUGCUGGGGCCCCAAGGCAGGGACAGCUUCCGGGGCUCCCGGCAGCUCCAGCACAGUUCUGUCAUUGGCAUGCCCAUCCGGGAGACCCCCAUCCUUGACGACUACGACUGUGAUGAGGACGAUCAGAUGGGACACACACACACCUCCACACCCAACCAGGUCCACAACCAGCUGAGCGAUGGGAAAGUCCUGGGCUUGGAUGAGUAUGGGCCCAGCCAGGGGACACUGACCCACAGUCAGCACACUGACAGCCUGAGGAAGGGGGAGGACAGCCUCCAACACAGUCUGGAUAAAAGAGCCUUUGACCCCAAGCAGGAGACGGUGGAUGCAUUGAUGCGGCGGUUUAAGGAGAGUUUCCGUACUAACACCACCCCGGAGAUCGCCCACUUUCAACACAACGUCACACACAACUCUUCUACAGGACGCAACAGAGGCCCAAGCCACACCAGGGUGGCUGGUAGUGUGUUUGGUCGCCAAGGAGACUCUGGGUCAGAGGGUGACGAUGAGACCCAGCUGAAGUUCUACACAGAGCAGCACAGGGGACGCCGGCGCAGCAGAGGUUGUCCACACAGUCCGAUGAACAAAGCCACUCUGACGUUGAUCACCAUCAGUACGUGUGUCCUGGCUGUGGUUUACGGCACACAGCUCCCCUGCUCUCUCACUGUCAAGGUCACUCUCCACGUGCCUGAACACUUUGUCGCCGACGGAAGCAGUUUUGUGGUGAGCAUGGGCAGUUUCCUGGAUGUGUCUAACUGGCUGAACCCUGCCAAACUGACCCUUUAUUACCAGACGAACUCCUCCACCCAGUGGGUCAGAGAUUACUGUGGCCAGAGGACCACUGAGCCCUGCGAACAGCUGUGUGACCAAGAGACAGGAGAAUGCAGCUGUCAUGAGGGCUAUUCUCCCGACCCGGUGCAUAAACACCUCUGUGUUCGCAGCGACUGGGGCCGCAACGAAGGUCCCUGGCCCUACACCAACCUGGAGAAGGGUUAUGACCUCGUCACAGGGGAGCAAGCUCCAGAAAAGAUCUUCAGGUCGUCCUACAGCCUGGGCCAGGGUCUGUGGCUGCCAGUGAGUAAGAGCUUUGUUGUGCCACCGGUGGAGCUGUCAAUCAACCCCAUCGCCAGCUGCAAGACUGACGUGCUGGUGACAGAGGACCCUGGGGACGUCAGGGAGGAGGCCAUCAUGUCCACUUACUUUGAGGCAGUAGAUGAUCUCCUGGCGUCUUUCGGCCCGGUCCGAGACUGCUCAAAGGACAACGGGGGCUGCAGGAAGAACUUCAAGUGUGUGUCGGACCGCAGAGUCGAUUCAACAGGCUGUAUGUGUCCCGACGGGCUGCGGCCAAUGAAGGACGGCAUGGGUUGCUAUGACUACUCAAAGGGCACGGACUGCACGGAUGGCUUCAACGGUGGCUGUGAGCAGCUGUGUCUCCAACAGCUGGUGCCCCUACCAGACGACCCCACCUCCAGCAACAUCCUCAUGUUCUGUGGGUGUGUGCAGGAGUACAAGCUGGGGUCAAACGGACGCUCAUGUGUUCUCCAGAAAGAGAACUGUGAGGGGUCAAAGUGCCAGAGACAGGAUGUCCGCUUCAAUGACACCCUGUUUGGGGAGAUGCUGCAUGGCUACAACAACAAGAGCCAGCAAGUAAACCUGGGACAGGUCUUCCAGAUGACCUUCCGGGACAACAACUUCAUUAAGGACUUCCCCCAGCUAGCCGAUGGACUGAUGGUCAUCCCAUUGCCUGUGGAGGAGCAGUGUAGAGGAGUGCUGUCUGAGCCACUGUCAAAUCUACAACUCCUCACAGGCGAUGCCCAGUUUAAUGAGGCUAUGGGCUAUCCUAUGGUUCAGCAGUGGAGAGUGAGGAGCAACCUGUACAAAGUCAAGCUCAGCGCCAUCACCUUGUCUACAGGUUUCUCCAAGGUUUUGAAGACGCUGACUGCAGAGAGCACCAGAGAGGAGCUGCUGUCCUUCAUCCAGCAGUACGGCAGCCAUUAUGUGUCUGAGGCCCUGUACGGCUCCGAGCUCAGCUGCACCAUCUACUUCCCCAGCAAGAAGGCCCAGCAGCAGCUCUGGCUACAGUACCAGAAAGAGGCGACAGACCAGGGAAGCAGGCGCGAGCUCAAGUCCAUGCCCUUCAUCAGCUACCUGUCUGGGCUGCUGAAGACCCAGCUGCUGACAGAGGACCUGGUGAGUGGCGUGGAGAUCCGCUGCGAAGAGAAGGGCAGCUGCCCGUCGGCCUGCCACCUGUGCCGUCAGGCAGGCCGCGAGCAGCCUUCGCCCAUCCCUGUCCUGCUGGAGGUCAGCCGCAUCGUGCCCCUCUACAACCUGGUGCAGGACAACGUCACUAAGGAGGCCUUCAAGAGCGCCACGAUGAGCUCAUACUGGUGUGCAGGCAAGGGAGAUGUCAUCGACAACUGGUGUCGCUGUGACCUGAGUGCCUUCAGCAAAGACGGCCUUCCCAACUGCAGUCCCCUGAGGCAGCCUGUGCUCAGACUGGCCCCUCACCUAGAGCCCUCCAGCACCAUGGUGGCCCUGGAGUGGCUGGAUGUGGAGCCCCUGAUUGGCUACAAGGUGUCUGAUUACAUCAUCCAGCAUAAGCGGGUGGAGGACCCCUCGGAGGCAGAGAUCUACACAGGUGAGGUGUUAAGUCUGGUGGAUGACCUGUUCUCAGGUUUGGGUUCGUCCUGUGUGGUGGCGGGUCGGAGGAAUGGAGACCAUCCUCACUCUGUGCUCUACUCGCUGGUCUUCAAGUGCCUGGAGCCCGACAGCCUCUACAAGUUCACUCUAUAUGCUGUGGACAGUCGAGGGAGUCGUUCAGAGUCUAGCUUCGUCUCAGUGCGGACUUCUUGUCCCAUGGUAGACGAUAGCAGAGCAGAAGAGAUAGCAGACAAGGUGUAUAACCUGUACAACGGCUACACCAGCGGCAAGGAGCAGCAGACGGCCUACAACACUCUGAUGGAGAUUCCCCCUCCGCUGCUUUACAGGGUGCAGCACCACUACAACUCCCACUACGAGAAGUUUGGAGACUUCGUCUGGCGGAGUGAAGAUGAGCUGGGACCCAGAAAAGCCCACCUGAUCCUGCGCAGGGUGGAGAGGAUCAGCCGGUACUGCCGUGCCCUGCUCCACAGCGCCUACAUCCAGAGCCGCACUGACACCAUGGCCUACAUGUUCUGUCGCAGCGAGGAGGUUCAGCCCCCUAGCAGUGUGUGGCAUGGCUCCCUGCAAGAGACACGCACUGCCUGCAUGGAGAAACUGAUCUCAGUACAGCGCAACACAUACGGCAACGCCAAGCUCCGAUGAGACAGGCCGCGAGACGACACCACAGUAGCCUCCUCCUCCUUGCUUCUGGUCUCUCCACUGACUGGUGUUUUUCCAAACCAGGAGAGCCCUGAAACCUCAACCCCACUGGACAUUGUUAGAAUAAUUACUGGCAAACGCCCUCAAAAAUCCUUUUCGAAAUUUGAAAAAAGUGCUAAGAACAGCUUGAAGAGGAAAGACGUUUUGGAUGUAUAUGCCAGUGACUACUGACCACUACUAUCAAUGAAGAGGAGCGGUGUGAGCAUGUAAAUUAUCAUUCAACCCAAAGCAAAUUGGUUGGAAAAAAAUACUGAAUGUAAUAUUGCAGUUUGUCAUGGUGCUUCGGCUCUGGAAGCUUACCAGGGAAACAAACAAACAAACGAAAAACAACUCCCUGUAUGUCUCUCCUCUUGGCUGGAGCGAUGGGAAGGAGACCGUUAAGAGUGCUAUUAUCAUUUCAAUUUUAUUUUGAUCAUUUGUAAUACUUGAGCAUAUCACCACUUUAACAAUGCUUUAUAGUCUUUUUACAGCAGACAACAUAGUGUUUAUAAUGAAGACUACAGAGAAAUCCUUCGAGCCGGAUUGUGAUGUUAUCAGCUGUAUUGUACGUUGUGUGAAUAACGCUUGGCAGUUAGGAAAGUCCUUAACUAGCCAUGUUUCAUUUUUUGUUUAUUUGUUGUUGUUUAUCUCCUCACAAGUUGACAGACGUGGAGAGCUCCAAAACCGCAGGGAAAAUACAUAUUUAAAAAUAGUCCUUUAUUGUGGUCAUCUGGUAAAGAAAAGAGAAGAAAAGAGAAAAGCAAACAUUUUUAGAGGGGAAAUCUUUUAAAGAAUUUCAAGAGUUUAUGCUAAAUGUAUGGAUUGUUUGAUUGUAUGGAUCUUUUAGGAUCCCUUCCUUCAAGGAAACUUUUACUUGACUUUCCAUCGCUCAAGAGCCAUGGACAUAAAUCUCCAACUCAUUGUUUUUUAAUUGAUUUGCAUUUCAUGUUAUAUCAAUUGUGAUAGUCAAUUAUUAUAUUGUAAAUAUAAAGUUGUACAUAACAUAUGUAUUAUUAUGUGGCUUUGAUUGUCUUUUUUCGAAAGAAUGCGAAAUAUUAAAUACUAUACCACAAGCAUCAGCAUUAUUUUCCACAAGAAGGAGACAUGACCUCUUUUUAACCAAUUGAUUCACAUCUGCGAUAUAUGCUACACUACAGUCCCUGGGCUGGAGAGAAAGUGAAAGAUUAUAAUGAACCCAAAACACAUGCAUUCUCCCAUGGAAUUAUUCAAAUACAACAGCUGCAAAUGUGAACUUGUAUGUAACGUCCCUCAGGAUUAACUGUGAAUACUUUCCUACAACAGCUAGCCCUUCACUCUGCUUACGGUAGGUAAGUAACAACAUGCACUGGGGGUUUUCUACCGUCAAUAGUGACCCAUUAUACUAGUGGACCUCGUAUUUACAUUCAUUUCCAAGGGGUAAAAUCUCUCUCUCUUUCUCUCGCCCUCUGUGUGUGUUUGUGCUGGGAAAUGUUCUAUUUUUCCAUCUCCAUGCCACAAACUAUUCCUUUACACUCAGGUCCAGUCUCUUUCCACUCAUGCAACAUUAACUGUGCUUUACGAAUCAGUAGCCUGAUGUUCAUUCUCGCAAAUUAGGCCAUUAAUGUCACUGGGGUGCCAAGAACAGCACUCAGGUUUCCAUGUCAAGGAAUGAAGGCCCUAAAUUUGGAUUCAUACUUCAUUCAUUACUACUGUUUUGAUAGUAGCUCUUGACAUUUUCAUAUCCAUAAAAUCAAAUUGAGGAUGUCCAGGUGCGUAACACUUCAAUGCACGUUUAGGUAAACAUCAGGGGGCCAUACAAUACAAGGUUUGUAGUAUUAUCUCUAGGAAAUUGGCUAUGUAUAGUCAUCUAUAAUAUUAAACAAGGUUAUCGUGAGCCUAGUAUUGGAAAAUGUCAGGUUAUAUGUAGAAAUUGAUAUUUAUUUUCAAAUGUAUUGGAAACUCAUAAAGGACAAAUGGACAACACUUAACCAGUGUUUUAUUUCUACACAAUACAUGAAAGGGAAAUUAACAUGAUAGUCAUCGUGAAUGAGGAUUCAAUCUCAUGAAAAUAUAGUACGCAUCAUCAGACACCUGCUUGCCAUGUACCAGAGCACCGGAAAUAUAAUACCAACUGUGAAAAAACAAAGAAUACGAGGAAAUAUCGUCUGAUACACAAAAGUCUGAUCUGUUGUAUGUUCCUGAAAAAGUGCAUGCUGUGUAUGGACCUAACAGAAUGGAUGAGAGAGAGAGGGGUACUGAUGGAUACCUUUACAGUGUUGGCGAGAGUCAGUUCUAAAUCCAUUGAAAAGUGGGAAAGAGUAAGCAAAUACCUGUGGUAUUGAGGAAGGAUGAAGGAUAGGUGAGGUGUUGUUUGGUUGGUGCCAUUCAGUCCAUGAGGGUGAGUUCAAGGGGAAUGGUGUUCACUGUUAUACAACGGAUGGGUCUAAUAAUGGAUGCUGAUUGGUUAAAACCGCAUUCCAGCCUUUGUCUAUUCCACAAGUUACCACCGGCUAAAGCUAUGACGUU